UCUGCUGCAAAUACCGUGCUCGAACCUGCGCCUGCCGCUCUCCUGUCCGUCAGUCUAGCCAAGUGGUCGCCUGCAUCUCAUCUGCAUCAUCUUCCUUAUGUCAGCAGCACUUUGGCCACCCUCCUGGAUGGAAGAGAGAAGAGGCUCAUCCGAACAUCAAUAAUAGACUCGACCUCGUUCUCAGCCUGAGUUACUCUUCCCUUCACUUGGUCCCUCCUGUUGGUCCAGUGCUCGUGGUCCUCAGUCUCUUCUUACACCGGGAUGGCCUCCUCCCGCACCGUCCACCUUGGCCAGACCCAUUCCUAGCGAGAUAUCCAGCCAUCUUACUCAUCAACAUCGUCGGUCGGACGGCGUGCAAGACGAUCGUAUGGCUGGAGCGCCAUGUUCUGUGGCCCUGGAUCACGGCGGCCGUGGUUCCCACACGGCUCGACGACGCUUGAGUACAUAAGUCGUUUGAGGACGCCUACGGGUCGGUGGACCUGAUGGGUUCGCAGACGCUAGAACUGUUGCAGCAGGGGAUCUGGGCCUCCCUGACUGGAGGUUGGUACCAUGAUCCCCAGCAACCCGUACUCAGCAACACACUCCACCUGUAUCUUUGGUUGGCACUCUGGGCUUGCCCAUUUGCCAUUCAUGUGUAUUGCCCGCCCCCGACCUUAUACGUGUGGUUGGUGUAUGCCCUGGUUUUGUUGGUCGUGUUCACCAGCUUGAAAUUGCUCAACAUUCGGCUGCAUCGCAUGUUCGAUACCACGGCGUGCGUGGAAGAAGCGUGGACCCCACCGGGUCGAGCCAGCUUGGGUCGUCCACGGCCCCUAGAUAAGCGGGCCUUGAACGCACCGGCACAUGAGAGCGAGGUGGGAUUCGAGAUGCGCGAGAUGGGAUCCGGCACGCAAGUUCUGGCCACGUCCGUCGAGGGCAGUUCCCGAGCCUCCCUGGCCGAUCAUCCGGCUGGGUAUUUCCCUGCGGUCAAUUCCACCGCCGACCAUACUGCUAAGGAUGGGCCCGGUGUGCGGUCCGGGAGCACAUUUGACCUUAAGGUGGAUGUUCAUUCCAAGCCCCCAGAGAUGGGCCCCGCCGAAUCCGGUCCCACUUCAAACCAGGAACCGGUGCGCACCACCGCUCAAUCCGCAUCGGAUGACGUCGUCAUUGUGGUGGAUGACUCGCCGCCCGAUCAUGUCGAAGGACCGCCCGAACCCACCCCCACCUUGCCAGAUCAGCCGCUCAGUCUGGAAGAUCAGUCCAUCGGGUCGGUCGGGUCGAGUUUCAACACAUCCACUUCGGGAUUUCCAUCCGUGCAAACGGGCGGAGAAACGGCCAGCGUGUCCCACCAUCGGACCGAGCCUCGACGACGUUUCUCAAACUUAUCCAAUCUGGCUCAGAGUCUACCAAGUGCUACUUUUUCCACCACCUCCGGCUUUCCUGUGGCUGGGUCACUCGACUUGGCCACCUUGCGCAAUCGACCUCAUACGCAUUCUUCCUACACGGCUUUGAACCAAAAUCGUCGCUUUAAUCCGAGAACUCGAACUUCCAGAGCAGGCGUUUUACCACCCAGUGAGGUUGAAACUGAUGACCCUCGUGUCCGAGUUCGCCGGACUCGGUCGGCUUUGGAGACUAGCUCCACUGUGAAAGCUCGUCGGACUGCCACGCAAACUGAGCCGGAAAUGGUAGCCGCCGGUGAAUGUGAUAGUCAAAGUGACGAGGAGGAAUCCCGAUCACCUCUUCUAGUUCGCCAAAUCCCGAUUGGUGCCAACAAGCCUAUUGCUCGGAAGGGUGGCCCCAAUUGUGAGAACAACCGUGAUGAUCACGAUGGUGUCAGCUUACCUCAGCUGACGGCCAAUAACUAUUUGGGUGAAACCGGCGCCGACAUGGAUAUGGAGACGUUCGUGGCAGAGUUGGAAGACGCCACUAAUGCUUUAAUUCUGGCUGAUCAACAUUUGAAGGCUUAUGAAACUAGUGAUCCCCCGGACGAUUCCAAGGUUCCAUCUCGGACCAAUUCAUGGUCUCAAACUCCAAUGUAUAAUCGUUCUAGAAGGUCAUCAGGCCCUUACAUUUCAAUGAAUCAUGGUCGGCUAAAAAGACGGGAUCGUUCGUCCAGUUUGGAUCAUGAGCGACGGGAUAUCGUUCCCGAUCCUGAGCCCAUUGAUUCCCCUAACAAUCCCUUAGCCAGUGUUCACCCUUUGGAUUGGUUGUUCUCGGACAGUGAACCGGAACCCCCAAGUAGCCCCAAGAUGGUCGAGGGUGAUAGUGCGUCCAGGAACCGUAAAGAAUCUUCGAGUCAAGGUUCCAGUGGAACCGACACGGAAACACGAACCCUAUUGCCCCGGACCAAUCCCAAUGUGGGACCAAGCACGGUUUCUCAAUCCCACAGAGGAGCCAUUCCAAAGAAACGACCUGCCCCACCCAUCCCCUCUCACGAUACGCCCCUGCCAACCCCACAGACUGAUGUGGCGCCUCCAAGUUCUGUUGUCACAACAAGUGAACAACGUCCUCCGACUGAUGGAGCCGAAGAGUUUCGGGAAUGGCGGAGACGCGCGAUGAAAAAGCGAAGUUCGUCCCGGCAAAUUGAGGACAUAAGCCAAGAACAGCCCGAUGAGCCUCCGACUGAACGGACGGAGAGUUGUGAUCCGAUUGAUAGCCUUGACUUGAAGAGACGAAUCAUUAGCAUUUUGUCCUAUUCGGAUACGGCCGAGUGCGAGAAGGAAUUGAGUAAACUACGCAAAGACAUGGCCAUGGCCAAGAUCCUCCGCGAUGCCGAAGGGAAAACGAAUCAAGGCCAAACCAACGAUGAGAGUGGAAGUCUAGCUGAUUCAACCCUCAGCACUGUCAGAAGACGAUUGCCCACCAGCCAACGACUCAGACGUUUAGGGGCGAGGAGUGAGGAUGAACACGGAGGAACAACCGAGUCUACUUUCACCACAGGGGAUCGAAACGCUCGACGAACUGCGGCCGAGGAUGAGGCCAGACGAGAGCGGAGGCGUCGCCGACGGGCAGCUCGGCGGGCUGAGCGAGAGCGAAGAAAUUCCGCCACUACAGCCACACUACAGCCGAAUGCUUCCACCACGGUGGCUGUGGCCACGGUCUUUGGUCAAGGACAAGGUACUCACAUUGCCACUGAUCAUGAAGAUACCACGGAGGGGGCAGUGCACUGCUUUCAGGACGAAUUUGGGCAUUGGCACUCCUACACAUUUGGCACUGAAAGUACCGGCUCCUCGAACGCCGUGAAUCCUAAUCCGACAGCCGUCAGCAGCCGCUUAUUGAACACUUUCCUUCAAAGUCGACCCGAUCCGAACGAUUCCCGAGGGUUGGAAAACAAAACAGCCUUCGACCCAACUCGAUCCCGAUCCCGGUCCAAUUCCAAUGUGAGUGCCAGCUCAGGCUUAACGGUGGUCUUGGACAGUCCCGGGAUGGGUCUUCAGCCCAACCGAACCACGUCAGAAGGAGAUGAUGCAUUUGCGUCGUCUUCCACACCUGGAUAUCAUUUCCGCAUGGGCAAUCCCUCGAGCCAACUCAGCCCGGGACGUGCUCACAUCUCGUUCCGAUCCCACCGCAAUCAAUUUCAUUCUCUUGCCGAGACGUUUCUCGAGCGAACGCGUCAUGCCGCUUCUGCUGCGGCCUUUGGCGGCACUCCCAACACAUCGAGUCUCGAAGGUGGACCGCCCAACACUUCUCUGCCCGCGAAUCAAGCCAUGGGGACCGCCAUAGCUCAUAGCUCUGUGGUCGACAGUGGACCCAAACUUGUGUUCACCGAGACAAUCAUGCCCAAGACCCGGAAGUUCUACUUGUUCCACGUUUUGCCCUGGUUUACAACGAAAGUCAAAUUUGAUCGAUUGGGUCUUUUAGCCUUUUUAGAUAAGAGCCCGACGUUUUUGGAGAAUGCUCUCUCCGUGCUCUUGGCGGUGGCCGUGGCCGUGUUUAGCGCCCUCAUUCUGAACCAAGAAUAUUACACUGACGUCUGGAUAUUCGUGUUCUGUGCAGUGACGGCUAGUUGUCAGUAUUCGCUCUUAAAAUCCGUGCAGCCCGACAGUGCCAGCCCGACGCACGGUUUCAACCGGAUCAUCGUGUACAGUCGCUCUGUGUAUUUCAUCCUGUGCUGCUCUGUCAUCCUUUUGCUCCAAGCUUGCCUGGACUACGGUUGGACCCUGAAUGCGUUCCAAUUGUACACCGUGUCUUUUCCCACUCAGUUUCAUUUGAGCCUGCUUCGCGACUCGCUGUACGCGUUCGUGUUGGGAUUUCCGAUUGUUUUCAUCCUCGGCCUUCUACCUCAAAUCAACACAUUCGUCAUGUACUUGCUAGAGCAAGUGGAUAUCCAUGUAUUUGGCGGGAAUGCUGCCUCAAGUCUGCUCUCGAGUGUGUAUUGUGUGGCCCGAAGCAUUUUGGCCGUGGGAAUUCUCAUCGGAUUCGCAUACGGUGGACUAACGGGCAAAGCUCAUUCUGAGAAUACUCAAGAGAUCCUUUUCUCCAUCUUCUGUGCCUUAGAAAUCACCUUAAGCUAUCACUUAUCCAGGAGUAGCUCCGAUCCGAGUGUGAUCUUGUCCCUGAUCAAGCGUCAACUUCUUAUGCCCGUUUUGUCAGAUGAGAGCUCUGUUCACGAUUCCCACGAAAUGGAAAGUCAAGCUCCCAAUCUCAGUCAUGUCACCACUCACCCAGAGACCGCAUCCUCACCCACUCUUUCCACCCACAGCAUCUGUGAUCCUCUGCCCAAGAAGUUGAGGGAUACCGUGAAUGCUCGCCUUAAGAACGACGCCCUGAUGUGUUGCGUCAUCGCUCUGGUCACGUUCUUUCUCCAUUGGAGCGGGUUCUUCCUGAAGCUCCAACCCAACUUGAACUACGUCCUCUGGAUCACGGCCGGAGUGGUCGGGUUCAUGUGUCACUACGUCUUGCCUCAGUUGCGGAAACAAUUGCCCUGGCUUUGUUUCUCGCAUCCAAUUCUCAAAAGUCACGAGUACGGAUUGUUCGAGGUCACUCAGGCAGCCAAGAUCAUGUGGUUCGAGCGGAUAUACUUGUGGGUCAAGAUCCUGGAGAAAUCCGUUCUGUAUCCUCUGAUCUUUCUCAGUGCACUCUCCAUGGACAUCAACUCUUUCAAGCAUAUGACCCACCCAUUCUGGGCGGCCAUCAUUCUCGUGGUGACUGGCCUGAAAUGCCUCCGCUCGAGCUUUUCCGAUUGUUCCAAGCAAUACUUUGUGCUCCUCGUGACGAUCCUAUUAUUUCAAUUCGAUCCCGGCUCCGGGACCAUCAUUGGCGAUGGUGGCCAUCGAGAGCGUGAUCCAUUCAUCAUCCACUACUUCCUGGUCAGCAUAGCCUUGCACAAGCUCCACGAGUUCUACCUGAAAGUACAAUUUGUCAUCACCUACAUUGCUCCGUGGCAAAUCACGUGGGGAUCGGCCUUUCACGCCUUCGCUCAGCCUUUCAGUGUGCCACAUUCCGCCAUGUUAUUUCUUCAGGCUGCCAUUUCCGCCCUCUUCUCCACCCCACUUAAUCCAAUCCUGGGAUCUGCUAUAUUCAUCACGUCAUACGUGAGACCGGUCAAGUUUUGGGAGCGUGAUUACAACACCAAGCGGGUGGAUCACUCCAAUACGCGCUUGUCUUCGCAUUUAGAACGUAAUCCAGGAGCGGACGAUAAUAACCUGAAUUCCAUCUUCUAUGAGCAUCUGACCCGAUCGUUGCAAGAGAGUCUGUGCGGCGAUAUCAUGUUGGGUCGUUGGGGAGCCGCCAUGCAAGGCGAUUGUUUUGUCCUGGCCUCCGAUUACCUGAACUGCUUGGUCCAUAUCAUCGAAAUGGCCAACGGUCUGGUCACGUUCCAAGUGCGAGGUCUCGAAUUCAGGGGAACCUAUUGCCAACAGCGCGAGGUCGAGGCCAUUUCGGAAGGUGUGGAGGAGGACUUGGGGUUCUGUUGUUGCGAACCGGGUCAUUGGCCCCAUAUGUUGAGUGUGAAUGCGGCUUUUAGUCAAAGAUGGUUGGCCUGGGAAGUGAGUGCCAUUAAGUAUGUGCUUGAAGGCUACUCCAUUUCGGAUAACUCGGCUCAGUCCAUCCUUCAAGUUUUCGACCUCCGCAAGGUUCUCAUCAACUACUAUGUCAAGAGCAUCAUUUACUACACCAUCCGCUCGCCCAAAAUCGAGGACUGGCUGGAUCAUCCGACCAUCAAGGAGGCGCUUAAGCCCAUGAAAGACAAACACUUUGUCGACUUGGACCCGCUUUUCAAUCUAAAUAUCGACGAAGAUUUUGACUUUCGAGCUUCGGGCAUUACUCGCUCCUCGUUUUGCAAUGUCUAUCUCGAUUGGAUUACGUUUUGUGCCGAACGCCGUGAAUCGGCCCCGGAUUUCUCGAAAGAAUCGGAUCUGGUAUCGUUGUGCUUCGCCUUGAGCCUUUUGGGCCGUCGAGCGUUGGGCGCAGCCUCGCACAAUUUCUUGACAUCUGUGGAGUUCUUUCUCUUCGGUCUGCACGCUCUCUUCAAGGGAGAUUUCCGAAUCACGUCCAUUCGAGACGAGUGGGUGUUUUGCGAUCUAGAUUUGCUAAAGAAAGUCGUCGCUCCGGGAGUGAGAAUGUCCGUGAAGCUCCAUCAAGAUCACUUCAUGUCCCCGGACGAAUACGACGACUCGAGUGUACUCUACGAGGCCAUUUCCACCCAUGAGCAAAACCUCGUGAUAUCGCAUGAAGGCGAUCCAGCUUGGCGCCAAGCCGUGCUUUCGGGGGCCCCCAGUCUUCUGGCCUUGCGACACGUGGUCGAUGAUGGAGCCGAUGAGUACAAGAUCAUAAUGCUGAACAAGCGCCAUAUCAGUUUCCGCGUGAUCAAGCUCAACCGCGAAUGUGUCCGGGGUCUUUGGGCGGGCCAACAACAAGAGCUCAUCUUUCUGCGCAACCGAAACCCCGAGCGUGGAUCCAUUCAAAACGCCAAGCAAGCCUUGCGGAACAUCAUCAACUCAUCGUGUGAUCAACCCAUUGGAUAUCCCAUCUACGUCUCCCCACUCACCACCUCUUUCUUAGACACGAACAAACAAGUGAACAAAAUCGUGGGCGGUCCUCUCAGUCUAACUGUGAUCAAGACCACACUCCUUCAGUGUUGGGAACGGAUCUGGAAGCGAUGCGGGGAAAGCUGCUCAAGUGGAAGCUCUCUGCCCGUGGACCAAGACAACGCCUUCUUUCCCGGGAUCAUUCCGCCCAUGAGUGGCGUGGCUCCCACCGAAGGCGACCACCCUGAGAGCGGCCUGGCCAGUCGAGGUGGGUCCCUGCCCAAUCCCACCCCCGGAAUGCAACGAACGAGUCAAUCCAGUCAACAUAGCACGGCAGCCUCGCUGUUGGCCUUGAACAAGCCCACAGUGGGCGGACCAGCCUUGGCCAGCUUAGCGGGGUUGCUCUCGCAGCAGCAGCAGCAGCAGAACGAUUCAUCGCCUUCACUAAGUCGGGGGUCCUCCAAGAGGCCGGAACCAAUUCUCAGAGCCAAGAUUGUGGAUUCCUUGCAAGUCUACGACAACAUCAACUUGGGUCGCCGGAUCGAUCCCAUUUGGCCGGAUGAGACUUGGCGAGCUCAAGGAGGAAGAAGCAACUGGAAGAAUUGGAUCCCGCUGGAUGAAAUGGAAGGGACGGUAGUUCAUAAAUGGAGUCCGUGCCACCGAGAGCCCGUCAAACGGUCCCAUGUGGACAAAGCCAUUGUUCUAUUGAAGAUCGACGAGAAAUACGUGCCCAUUGUGGAAACAGCCGUUUGCUACAUCCUCGAUGCCCCACAAGCCGCCUCGCAAUCGAAUCCAACCCAAGAGGAGGCACCCAAAGAAAAGUCGAUCAUCGAAGCGAGUAGUCAACAACCCGCCCCAGGUCGUCCUUGCACUGCUCAUGUGAUAUCCGAGGAUGUUGAGCCGGAGCCUCCAUCCGCGUCUUCAUCGCCACCGAUGUCGGACGGUGGUGUGUCUGAGAAAGCCGUUUAGUACUAAUAAUAUCACUAUCAUAAUUCAUCUUACUAGUUAUUCAGAAUAACCAAUAUCCUUGGCCGCCAACAGUACCAUAAGCAUCAGCGAAGAAAAAGAAAUUCCUUCAGUCUCAUUCAUAAACAUUUUCCGUCUCUGACUUGAUUUUUUUCUUCUUUCAUAUAAAAACGGGACUGUGUUUUGAUAAUGCAACAGGUCAACUA